GCUUGUCUUCGUAGCACCGUAGCACCGUAGCACCAGCAACUAUCAGCAAUGGCUUUUCGCAAGGAAUGGAGCGUAGUGGCGCUGUGCCUGGCGCUGGUGGUGGCGGCGGCGGCAGCACCCGCGCAGCUGUGUGCCGGCGCGGCCGAGGACGACCCGCGCGCCGCACGCUUCUGCCAGGCACUGAACACCUUCCUCGAGCUGUAUGCAGAGGCAGCCGGCGAACAGGUGCCCGAAUACCAAGCUCUAGUCCGCGACUAUCCUCAACUGCUCGACUCUGGCAUGAAGAGGCAAGACGUGGUGCACUCGUUCCUUCGCUUCGGCCGCCGGCGCUGACCUGUCGGCCCGCUGCGCUACCCACCCGCAAACUAACCGCAACCGAAACGCAGCGACGAUGCUUCAACUAUUACUUUAACCGAUUCGCAUAAGUUCUACUUUGUCCAAAAGGUUUUUUGAAAAAAAAAAUGUUCCUUGUAAACUUAAAUCUUAGUGCGACUAUCCGAACGCGAUUCUGUCAGAAUGACAUAUCGCUGUCAAGAUAGGACGUUAACCUCUCUCUCUGUUUUUUUUUAUAGAAUAAAUAUUAAGUAGUUAUAUAAUUAUAAUAUGUACUUACUGAUUCAAGUAUUAAUAGUUGUAAGUAAUAUUAUAUUAUUGUUGUCAACAUUUCGUCGCGUUUCGUUUGAUAAGCAAGAAUAUUUAAUAUUGUAACGUUUUAAAUAAAUACAUAUUUG